CCCGUCGUUGUUAUGGGACGUGAAUAGGGAGACUGGAUGUGAUAAGCUGAUGAGAGAGGUGCCUGAGAAUGUCGACUGUAUCAUCACUCCCAAGCGGCUGGUCGAUCUAGUUGGCAAACCUGCAUUCACGAGCGAACGCCUCUUUGAAGGUGCAUCUCCUCCAGGAGUCGUGAUGGGACUGGCUUGGACGGCGAUGGGAGGGACAGUUUUAUAUACGGAGACUGUCGUGGUCCCGAGCAAUGAAUCUAAAGGUGGGAUUGAGAUAACCGGACAGUUAGGGGAGGUCAUGUCGGAGUCUACUAAGAUAGCUCUCACAGUGGCUAAGAGAGUUGUUCAUUCGAUCCAACCCGACUCUAAGUUUUUCGAUACGACGAAGAUACAUUUGCAUUUCCCUGAAGGAGCUACUCCAAAGGAUGGCCCUUCGGCUGGUGUAACCAUUGCUACAGCAUUGUGCUCUCUGGCUCUACAGAGGUCAGUCAAGGACAAUUUAGCGAUGACUGGAGAGCUCUCGCUCAGUGGUUUGGUAUUACCCAUUGGAGGAGUGAAGGAAAAGGCAAUUGCUGCCGUUCGAGCUGGUGUCACGACACUGUGUUUACCCCUACAGAAUAAACACGAUGCAGCAGAGCUACCAGAGUAUCUUAAGAGUAAUCUCACGAUCUACUUCGUGCGAGACUUCGAGGAGAUUGCUCGCAUCGCUCUCGGGAUCGGCUCUCCGGCGGUGGAAACUGAAGUGGCCAGACCAUCUGGCAUCGACCACGCGCCAGCACGAUGACUUUCUUUCUUCAUCAAGUUGACUCGUUCACAUUUGCUGUUCCUAUCAUUCACAAGUUUCUGGAGGAUG